AUGGAAGGCCACGUCGGGGACCAACCUCGGGAGUUCAUCAUCAGGCUAUAUAAUCCUUUGUGUGGUCAUCUUCGCCUCCCAAACCCCUUCGCGCGGGAGAUGGAGCUCGAACAACCACGCGCUCUGAGGUUGCACAUGAGGGGCUAUGGGAAAGGCGGUAUGCAGGUCGAUGUCAACUUCCCUGCCCCUCACGUCAUGUACCUCCGCCGUGGCUGGAAGACCUUCGCCCGUGCCCACGGCUUCUCGGAGGGGCAUGUUCUCGAGUUCAAAUUAAUGGAGAGCGGCCUGCUCUCCGUCAAGAUCUUCGGGUGCUCGGGAGGUCGCUUAGGGUGCUGCGUAGAGAGCUCAACCGACGACGAAAGCUCCUCCUCGAGCGGGAGCGACGAGGAGGGCAGUGACGGCGAUGACGACGGUACCGGGCGGGAGAGCGACGACUCUGACUCCAGCUGA